UGCGCCCUCCACUUAUAUAAAUACGCCUUUUUCUAGUUUUCCUGUCUCCUUUAUCUCUCUAUAGAUUUUGAAUCCGGAUCCACCGCCAUCACCCAUAAUAACAUACUCCUCUCUCUCUCUCCAUCUCUCUCGAACCUGCUUUGCCGUUGCCUUUGUUUUUCGUUUUUUCAAUAAUAAUUAUAAAAAACAAUGAGGAAGGGAGCUAAGAGAAAAGUCGCCUCUCAGAAACAAGCGGAGAAGGAAGCGAAAGCUUCGUCUUCUUCGCAAGAAAAUCAGAAGGAAAACCAUAAACCUGCUCCCAAAGCUAAGCGUGUUAAGACCUCCAAGCCUGAGCCUGAGCCUGAGUACUUCGAAGACAAGCGAAACUUGGAAGAUUUGUGGAAAGCUGCAUUUCCUGUUGGAACAGAGUGGGAUCAAUUGGACAGUGUUUACCAAGUCAGCUGGAACUUUUCGAAUCUUGAAGAUGCAUUUGAAGAGGGAGGAAAGCUAUAUGGAAAGAAAGUUUAUCUCUUUGGUUGUACUGAGCCUCAACUGGUCCCUUACAAAGGAGAAAACAAAGUCAUUUGUAUACCUGUGGUUGUGGCUGUUGUGUCUCCUUUCCCACCUUCAGAUAAGAUAGGUAUUAACUCAGUGCAGAGAGAAGCUGAAGAGAUUGUUCCCAUGAAACAAAUGAAAAUGGACUGGGUUCCGUAUAUUCCACUUGAGAAUAGAGACAGCCAAGUCGAUAGACUGAAAUCUCAAAUAUUCAUCUUAGGCUGCACUCAAAGAAGGGCUGCUUUGAAACAAAUGAAAAUAGAUCGUCUCAAGAAAUACGAGUAUUGUCUGCCUUAUUUCUAUCAGCCUUUGAAGGAAGACGAGCUUGAACAAAGCACUGAGGUUCAAAUAAUUUUUCCAGCAGAACCAAAGCCGGUUUUCUGUGAAUUUGAUUGGGAGUUGGAUGAACUUGAUGAGUUUACUGAUAAACUGAUCGAGGCUGAUGAAUUAGAUAUAGAUCAAAAGGAUGCCUUUAAGGAGUUUGUCAAGGAGAAAGUUCGAGAGGCAAAGAAAGCUAAUCGGCAGGCAAGAGAAGCUCGCAAGAAAGCCCUGGAAGAAAUGAGUGAGGAAACUAAAGCAGCAUUUGAGAACAUAAGAUUUUACAAGUUCUACCCUGUUCAAACUCCGGAUACUCCUGAUGUAUCAAAUGUUAAGGCUCCAUUCAUAAACAGGUACUACGGGAAGGCCCACGAGGUUCUCUAAUUGAGCUUUCGAGCUUUCAUUCCGGAAGUAGCGUAGUUGAGAGAUGCUCUAAAAGCGUGCUUUGGCUCCCAAGAGUGUCAUAUCAAGCAUUGGUUACUACAUCUCCAGGAAGCUUUGGGAGCAUGCCUCUGGUGCCCCCCAUCACGGCCAGGUGUGUUUUAGGAGAUAGAUUUAAAUUAGAGCUCCAUAACUCUUUAGAUAAACAAAGCAGGUGCUCUUGUUACAAAUAGGCGGAACUUGUAGUAUACUUUAUUGAGGCAUUUCAAAAUUUUUCAAGGAAACUUUAAUCUUGAGGUGCUAAAAAUCCCUAUGCAGUUGCAGCCUGAGUAUGUCUUGAUUUUACUCUUUAUCCCCCCUUUUCCUAUCUUUGAUUCCGACUGAUUGUAAUAGUAGAAUAAAUUAAUAUACAACAAUUCAAUUCUGAGAAAUAUUAAUGAAAAGACUAGCCAAAUCAGUUUCCUAGAUUA